AUGCGACACAUCAACCCGCACGAAAAAGACUGCCACAUCACCUUCGACACAUCCAACCACAAGUACUUUUGGAAAGGUGCCCCAGUCCCCACAUCCGUCACUCAACUGGUACAUCGCUUUACACAACUCUUCGAACCUCAACACACCAUCGACACCAUGCGAUCCGGCACAAGAUGGCCGCGCGCAGACUACCUGGACCUGCACGCCUUGCAGAACCUGGGAGAAAAGGACUUGUCGAUCCUUCCGGAAGACUCCGCACAACUGAAACUCCUGCUUGAAAACCCCGCCACGCAUCUCGAGCAGAUUUGCCUCCAUUUGAAUCGCCUGCGACACGAGCACCCAAAACUCGACAACUUUUGCCAGAGCUUGACUUUGGACGACGAAACCAUCAAAAGCAAGUGGGACGCAAAGGCAAAAAAAGCGUCCGAAGCAGGCACACGCAUGCACGCCCAAUUCGAGCACCUCCUCAACGGUGGAGCAAUCGCACAGCUAACACCAGAAAUCCAACUGUUAGUAGGAUUCCUGCAACACAUCAAGAAUGCCAAAGCCUAUCGGACAGAGUGGAAGAUCUACAGCGAAAAGCACGCGCUCGCAGGCACCAUAGACUUUGUUGCGGAACACCCCAACGGCGACAAGCUCAUCAUCGAUUGGAAACGAACCAGCCAACUAAAGCAGAAGCACCAGAACUAUGGCAAGCAAAUGCUGCCGCCCAUCGAACACAUGCCGGACUGCCCCGUCUCGCACUACAGACUCAGCUCAACAUAUACCGACACAUCCUCGUAG